AUGAGACUUCGGCCCUGCCUCAAUUCGGCUGUAGUUCUCGUAUCCUCAUGUGGCUUACCAGAUUCCACCUUCGCCUCUCCUCUGAACCACUCAUCACCGAGCACAGACCUGCCCCCCUCCAUUCUCAACGCUCUACCACUCGGAACCACCGUACCAGCGAUCGACCCCAAGUUCAAGUUAUUAGAUCACUGGGGCACCGAUAGGAUCAAAGGUUCCCACGCCUACGCCAACGCCGUCGGCGCCGUCCGUGACAUCGCGCUACAAAACGACUACAACGGUCGAGAGCCCGAACACGCGUAUCGAUACGUCGGCGGCGAGGAUGUCACAAUCAACAUCCGCGGUUGGCCAUCCUCGUCGUUCUACAGACGCUAUGCGCUAUGGGCGAUUGUGAGCUCCAUCGGCGCGAUGUCGAGGCGGCCAAUCUUCGUAAGCGCGAGGUUCACGAUGAAAAUGCAGGCGAGGACCGUUGGAGAGCUAUGGUAUCGGGGGCCGAACACUCCUGCACAGGCAAUCAAUGAGGACGCAUCGAUGCUGUCAGCAUCUGCAAAUUCUUCGGCCGUGGACGAUCUUGAUAUGCUCGCUACACCUUUCGACGAAGAUUCGGCGUCCGUCGCACCAACUCUCCUCUCAAAAAGAGCUCUGCCCCCGCUUUCGCCCUUCAACGCCACCGUCCUCCCCCUCGGUACCUCUACCCCCCUGACCCGCCGGCCAGGCACCCUCAUAGUAAUCCCCAAUUUCUCCGGCACGCCCAUGUCGAUCCGGGCUUUCACCCUCGCCACAAUCGGCGGCAUGGUCUACGUCGCGCGCAACAACACGCUCGAGCCAGCUAGGCACUUCGCGGUCGACAUCUCUGGCUUUGGAGGCGUAGUGCAGAUCGACGCGCCCGGAGAAAUGACGGAUCCGCCGUUUUUGAAUAUGGAUGUUGUGAAUGGGUUGGCGAUGUUGGUGAAGAUGGUCGGGGACGGGAGGGUGUGGGAGGAGUGUGUGGCUGAUGUGGGCUGGAGGACUGCGGAGGCGCUGUUUAUUUUUGGGAGGUUUUAUGUUUAUGCGACUCCGAGGCCGGAAGGGGGAGAUGGAGGGAAAGGGGAGGGGGUGGAGAGUAACUAG